ACUGACACAAAACUUGAACAACAAUAGUCAUUCAAAGAGCCCUUUUUGAGUUCUCAAAAAAAAGAGUGUUUAUCUUUGAGGGAAAAUGGAUUCAGUUCUUGAAAAGAGAUCUCUUGUAGUAGUAUUUUUGUUUUUGGUGUCAAAUUUGGCUCAGUUUUCAUUUGGAGCAGUUCACAAAGUGGGAGAAUCAGCUGGUUGGACCACCAUUGCCAAUGUUGAUUACAAACAGUGGGCUAUUUCUAAAUCUUUCCAAGUUGGUGAUAUUAUAGUGUUCGAGUACAACUCUCAAUUUCACAACGUGAUGCGAGUGACGCACGCCGAGUACAAGUCGUGCAACGUCUCGUCCCCGAUCACCACUCACACUUCGGGCAACGACUCCAUCGUCAUCGACACCCACGGCCACCACUUCUUCGUGUGUGGCGCGCCCGGGCACUGCCAGGCCGGCCAGAAAGUGGAUAUCAACGUCCCCCGGGCACCUAGUGUGGCAGCACCUAGUCCGUUGGGAUCCGCCUCAGCCACUCCGGCUCCUCCAUUGGCACCCGGAGCACCGCCUCCUAGCAGCGGAGCGUCUCUCUCCGCACCACUAACUAUCCCUUUUGGUAAAUUGGGAUGUAUGCUGCUAGCAUGCAUUGUGGUUGGAUUGUUUUAGCUUUGCUACUCACAAUCUUUUUUCUACUAAUAAUUCUACUAUCGACUUUUGGGUUUUGUUUUAUUCGAUUUAUCUGUUACAUUUUGGUGUUAAUUUUCAUUUAAUGUUUUGUUGAUACAUGUAUCGUGUCGCAACACCUAAAUGUAACAGAAAAUUUAGUACUAUUAAUGUUUGCUCAAUAUUACUACUCUGUUCUAGUUUUA